AAUGUUCAGCAAAACAAACCAGGAAACUCCCUUCAAGCUGCGCAGUUACCGGAAUGGGACUAGGUGUGUCAAGGUAUCUCUAUGUCAUUGAGGGGAGGGGAGUAGAAAGUGAAAGUAAUAGUGCCUUAGUGAAUGAAGAAGAUACAAACAAAGAAAGUCGUCUCUCAGUUGAGCGGUUGGUAAAAUGUCUGAAUAUCCGUACCCGCUGUACUUUGAGGCCAGAGGUCUGACUGACAGAGAGAAGGAGAAGGUCAGGAGACACUUUCAGAAAAGAAGGGACUCUGGGGGAGGAGAUUGUGGGGUGAUUGAAAAGAUCGGAGACAGCCUCUACAAAGUCUGCUUCAAGGAACAGACAGACCAGGAAAGAGUUUUACAGAGGAAAACUCAUACGAUUAGUCUUCCUGACGGAGAUCUACAUCUGACUGUGAAUCGAAGCAGUACGCCACAGACUCAGGAACAGCCAUCAACAAGCUACUCACAAACAACUGCUAAACUCAGCACAAAAGGUCUGGAGAAGAUUUUCGGGAUAGACAUUUAUUACCUGUUCUACUUGAGAGACAACCCCAAAGCUUACAAAGUACUGCAAAAGCAGUUAUCUGCCAUCGGCUGCACAUUACACCUAGAUUUUGAGGAAGAAGGGGCAGUAGUGAGGGGGGACAUAGAGAAGGGCCCUGGAGGAGCUUUUGAUGGUGCAGCAGAAAACUGGGAACUACAAGUGGAUCGGAUCUUCAUCGGCUUUAUCGAGGCCUACAGCUGCCAUCAUGUGCUUGAGCCCAAACAAGUCAAAAAGAUGUAG